AUGCCUCAAUCACAAGAAAAUUUUAUGAAACUAAAACGUAAAAUGUCUCCCUCACCUCUUCCACCAAAAAUACGAAGAAAGUGCAAUGAGUUUGUAGUAGCUUUUAAUGAGAAUCAUCAAGUCGAGUUAAUGCAAAGAAUUAAACAUGAUGGGACUUGGAAGGAAUCAGAAAAACAGCUUGCGAAAGUUACAGAUAGAAUUUUAGAUACGUUGAGAGAUACUUGGAAUAAUCCAGCGUUUAGGCCCGAGUUCGCAGGGUUUCUAAGCGAAGGCACUUAUGGCCUUUCUCUAGAAAAAUCGAAUUUUGUCAGCAGUUCUGAACUUCAAAGUAGCACGAGCGCAGAUAGGAAGGUAAAAUUGUGGAGAGAGUGUAAUGACAGGAUAUACUGGGCUCGUAAAAGUUCUAGACCCAAUAAGGAUGAAUUUGGAAUUAUUGGCGUACAAAUAGCGGGAACUAUGAUAUGUGUUCUUAUUAGAGAUAGUGCAGACGUUCAUCGUUAUUACCACUUACGUGAGGCGGAAAUACCAAUUCGACAGUCAAAUCCUAUUAUUGUUGCAAAUUUUAUAGAAGUCCUAUUAAUAUUACGAAAUAUUUUAAUAGUUAAUAUAGACUUGCUAUAUAAUGCAUUAAUACCUAGGAUGCUCAGAAAAGUGGAAGAUAGUUCUACGGUAUCUUCUUCAUGUAGAGAAGGGGAACAAAAAAGAACAAGAAAGAAAGAUAAAGAAAAAACCAAUUUUAUUGUUAAACUUAAGGAGAACAAUAAAGAAAAAACUGAUCUUAUAGUUAAAUUGAAAUAUGAUGUUUCACUAAUCAAAGAACAAGACAAGAGUAUGGUGUGCAAUCAAAUCAUUUCUAAUGUUUUGCAAGAUGUAGAACCUGGAAUCUCUGAUUCAUAUUCUGUAAAUUCUAAUGAUGUUCCUGAAGAUAUAAAUUUACUAUAUAAUGAUAAUGAUAUAACUAAUAUUGCUUCAAAUUCUGAUGAACAUCAAGAAGAAACUUCAUUUUGA